AUGGUACAGGAAGGUAUUAUUUUGGGGCAUCGAAUAUCGAGACAAGGGAUAGAAGUAGAUAAAGCCAAGGUAGAUGUCAUUGAGAACCUUUCAUCUCCAAUAUCUGUAAAAGGUGUUAGGAGCUUUUUGGGACUUGCCAAAUUCUAUCAAAGAUUUAUCAAAGACUUCUCCAAAAUUGCUAAAGCCUUAUGCAAAUUAUUGGAGAAAAACACAACAUUCAGCUUUGAUGAAGAAUGCUUGAAAGCUUUUAAUUAUCUGAAGAAUUGGCUAGUUUCGGCACCAGUUAUCAUCACACCGGAUUGGGAUUUGCCAUUUGAGUUAAUGUGUGAUGCAAGUGACUUCGCGGUAGGAGCUAUGAUGGGCCAGCGAAGGAACAAGGUUUUUCAUCCCAUCUAUUAUGCAAGUACCAAAGUGACUGUCUAUAUGGAUCAUUCAACAAUUAAAUACUUACUUGCCAAGAAAGAUGCUAAGCCGAGAUUGAUCCAAUGGGUACUUCUACUUCAAGAGUUUGAUCUAGAAAUUCAAGAUCCAAAAAGGAUAGAAAACCAGGGGCUAGAAGCACCUGAAUAG